AUGGGUGAAGAGCAUCAACAGUCAACAGACAUUCUCAGUGUUUGGGAAGGAGACUCCAUCACCAUAACUUGCUCAAUGAAAGCUUCAGACAGUGAAGUGACAACGCUGUUGACAACUGGCAUACAGUCAGUCAUUGUUUGUACUUACAAGCAGAGUAAUUCAAGUGUCCUCCCUGCUCUGGCUGAUCGUGCUGAGUGUUCAAAAGAAGGAAGGGAUCUUAGGAUAACUCUGCACAAUGCACAGGAAUCUGAUUCCAAUAUCUACCAAUGCAUUAAGUUCAUUAAAAUCAGAGGUCGUCACAAAAAGCUGAAUGGGAAGACAACCAUAGUAGUGGUGAAAGGUUACACCAGUGGAGUUGUUGAACAGUCACCACUCUAUGCCAACCCUCAGCAAGGCAAAUCCAUCAGCAUUACCUGUGCACUGAACAACUUCCACGAAGAGAAAGGGAUGUACUUGCUCAAGACUCACACACAACGUGAAAGGGUGCUCUAUGUUUCCAGCCAGAAUGCUUCUUCAACUGUUUUCCCUCCUUUUGCCAAUCGUUUGGAGUAUUCAAAGGAAGAACAGAAAAUUGUGAUAACUCUACACAACCUCCAGGAAAAUGACAGUGAUAUAUAUGUGUGUGCUGGGGUGUUGAAUGGCUCCUCGUUCCUCUCAGUGAAUAGAAGGGGCACCAUGGUGCUGAUUAAAGGAUGA